GGGUUCCUACUCCACCGUUCUUCUGCGGCAAGCUGAUUCCUAAGCUGCACAGAUGCUAAAAUUCUGCCUUUCAAGUGACCUUCCCCGUGGUGCUGCCCGUGCAAGCGGCAAAAUAUCUGAUACGGAGAGGCCCCCACAUCCCAUGAGCACACAAGAUCGAGAGAAGGAGGGGAGCACUGCGGGUCCGGAGCCUGUCCUGAGGCUGCGUAAAGGACACAUGCCAGUCACCUCCGAGGGCACGGACUCACAACAUGACCAGUAUGACGAUAAGUGUCUCCUUCUGGCCGGCACACCUCCAUCUUCUGCUCAGGAGAAUAAAUCGGAGGAAUGUGACAGCAUAGAGGAGCCGGCACAGGAGGAUGAAGGCUUUAUGGGAAUGGCACCGCUCCUGCAGGCUCACCAUGCCAUGGAGCGGGUGGAGGAGUUCGUCUGUAAGGUGUGGGAGGGUCGAUGGCGAGUCAUCCCCCAUGACGUGCUCCCCGAUUGGCUAAAGGACAACGAUUUCCUGCUGCACGGUCACCGCCCACCCAUGCCUUCCUUCAGGGCGUGCUUCAAGAGCAUCUUCAGGAUACACACAGAGACCGGCAACAUCUGGACCCAUCUUCUCGGCUGCGUCUUCUUCCUAUGUCUGGGUAUUUUCUAUAUGUUCCGACCCAACAUGGCGUUCAUUGCUCCGGUGCAGGAAAAGGUGGUGUUCGGGCUCUUCUUCCUGGGUGCCAUCCUUUGCCUUUCAUUCUCCUGGCUUUUUCAUACAGUGUACUGUCAUUCGGAGGGAGUGUCGCGUGCCUUCUCCAAGUUGGAUUACUCUGGGAUCGCACUUCUCAUCAUGGGUAGCUUUGUUCCGUGGCUUUACUACUCCUUUUACUGCAACCCACAGCCAUGUUAUAUCUACCUAAUAAUCAUCUGCGUUUUGGGGAUCGCCGCCAUUAUUGUAUCUCAGUGGGACCUCUUUGCAACGCCUCAGUAUCGCGGAGUGAGAGCUGGUGUGUUUGUUGGUCUGGGCCUCAGCGGGAUCAUCCCCACAUUGCACUUUGUCAUCGCUGAGGGGUUCCUUAAAGCCGCCACCAUGGGCCAGAUCGGCUGGCUGAUUCUCAUGGCGUGCCUUUACAUCACGGGGGCCGCACUGUACGCUGCCCGCAUCCCCGAACGAUUCUUCCCCGGAAAGUGUGAUAUCUGGUUUCACUCCCACCAGUUGUUCCACGUGUUUGUUGUGGCCGGAGCUUUCGUACACUUCCACGGAGUCUGCAACCUCCAGGAAUUCCGCUUCACAGUGGGUGGCGGCUGUGCAGCCCAGGAGGUGCUGUAGGAUCCUUGCCACCAUGGAGGGGGGGAACGCAACACAGUCCAAGAACAACCUACCGCACAGGGAUGGUAGAGAGGAGAGAAAGGUUUCUCAACCAGCCGCGUAAAGGAGCGGAGGUGAAAAAGAUGCGGACGCACAAAA